CCCAGAGUGGCGGUGCUGGGCCAUGCGGUCGCCCAGCACAACAGUCCUUAUGUGGGGAGUUCCAGCCUUAGGCCCCACUCUCCUCUCCUCGCCGCCUGGACUUGGGACUCUGGACCGGGAGGCGCUCCCCACGGCUGGGACCCGCCUCCCGGGUCCCAGGAGACCCCGCCCGCCAGGGCCGAGUCCCGGCGCGCGGGGCGGCGGCGGCUCCCAGGCAGAAGCGGGCGAGCAGGUGGGGGCGGCGGCCCCGCCUCCGCGUCCCGGCAGCACCAGAGCCGGCGGCCGGGGAGCGAGCCGGGCGCACGGAGCGCAGCGCGAGGGCAUCGCGGCCGCGGCGGCGCCGCCUGGAGCACCGGCGCUGCGGGACCGAGCCCGGGGCCGGGAGGUGGGGACCGCGGCGGGGACGUCGGCCGGAGCUCGAGUCCAGUCGGUCUGCAGUCCGGCCAGCGGCAGAGCAGAAACCACUCUCUUGGGACCAUUCAUAAGCAAGAGACACCCACACUGUGACACAUGCCAGUGCCACCGCCACCACCACCUCCUCUGCCUCCACCUCUCCCACCUCUGGGGGCUCCUCCCCCUCCCCCACCACCAGCGCCCCCGGUAAGACCUGUUUCCUUUUUCUUCUCACUGGUUUACUGUGGAGCAUAAACUGCAUGCAUAUGCUUGAGCAGAAGGUUUUAAAUGUUCAGAAGCAGCCACUGCCUUGCUUCCCUGUGACAGGUGGCGUUUUAGGUAGCUGACUCUGGCAGCAUCAGGGUCUGAUUCCAAACCUGCCUGGCUCAGGUGUUUCUCUCUUCCAUUCCUGGCAGCUCCCACCCCCACCGUCCGUCUACUGCUGUCUACAUCAUUUCCCCUCUAAUCCCUGCUGCUGGGUGCCUCCUCCCAGUCGCCCUAAGUGACUGUUGGUCUCACUGGACACCUCACGGGAGGGGCCGUCCCAGAGCGCAUUGCAAAGUCCAGUGCCCGUGUGUCAUUGGCAUGGUGACAGUGAUCGCUUGGGCCUCGGUCCCCUGGUUCUAGUUCAGUGAAGUUCAGUGUCAUAUGAAAUGCCACAGUGAAAUAUAAAAUCUCUAAAUGAAGUCUCCCUGUCUACCCAAGACUAUCGAGGCUAUUUUAGUUUGUAUUGCUGGAUACUCUCUCCUAGUUUAAUAGUUCUUGGGUUUAGGAGGGGCCAUCAAGAGCAGUUAUUUUAUUUUAAUUUUUUGGAAUAGGUAUCCUCAACAUUGGAAGCAUUGACAUUGGGGUCAGAUCACUUUUGAUGUCAGGGGGCUGUCCUGCACAUUGUAAGAUGUUUAGCAACAGCCCUGGCCUCUGCCCAAUAGCUGCCAGUAGCACCCUCCCCCAAUUUGGCAAUAAAAAAUAAACGUUCCCAUAUAUUGCCAAAUGUCCCCUUAUAGGUGGUCAAAAUCAACCCUCCCACACCCAGUUCUAGAAGAAUGCUAGUGCUUAAUGCUUAUAGCAGACCUUUCCUCUAAGGAAAACUCAUUCUCACACUCAUUCUCCGUUGUUCCUCACACCACUUCAGCCAGGGAAGUCUAGUGCCAGCUCCGCUCCGCAGCGUCUGUUUUCAGUGGAAGUCGAACAGUAUGAUGGUGUGGCAUGCAGAGAUGAUAUGGCAUGCAGAGGGAGGGCCGCUUGGGGAUGAUAUGAGCCAGGUCAGCAGAAGCCAGGAAUAGAACCUGCCCUCCUCCCCCAGCUGCACCCCUCUCUCCUAUGUGCAGAUGACAUAGCUAUGGGGAGUACUGGCAAUGAAGGGAGAGCCUGAGGUCCCUGCUACAGGGCUGUCAUCCCCUGUGACAUUAGCUUUGCACAUGCACCAUAUCUGAGGUGCCAAGGGCAUAAACCUGCCUGAAACCCGACCUUUGCCCUCCAAGAGAGUGGAAAGAAAGCAUAUGGGAUAAAUUACCUAUGAACACUUUCUAACCAAUAUGUAGAAAGAGUAGGAAUAGCUGUUGAAGUUUCACUGUUGAAUUUGACCUUGUGGUGAUGAAGUUUAUAAGUAAAGGAAACAUACAUGAAACUAUCGUAUGGGUCUUAUAUGGACUUGCUAUUACUGAAUAAGUGCCACUUAGAAUAACUUCAAAUAUCAUAAUAUACCCAUAAAUUUAGCCAGAAUAAAUAAACUUAAUAAAACCCCUGUUAUCGUGGAUUUGGGGAAAUACUACUUUUUAAACACUGCUGCUGAAACAUAAAUAUCUGGGACUUCAUAAAUGUUGAACAGGUCUUUCUGGGGUGUUCUCUGACAGAAAAAAAUAAACCUGUAUGUAUUAUAAUUCCACUCCCCCUCCCCAUAAUCAAGAAGUUUUAUUUUUGAACCUAAUUUAAGAAUUUAACCCUAAAGGAGCCAAAAAGAAUUUAUAUAAGAAGGUACACAGCAAUGCUAUUUAUUCUAGUGAAAAAAAUAGAUCUUAAAUGGUUUAUAAGAAUUAAAUGAAAUAUAUUAUGUCACACUGUUAAUUUAAAAUUGCAUUAUGCAGUGGUGCUAAUUAAAAAUUACAGCUAUACUGAUUAUGGAAAAGUAGAUUGAAAUGAUGGAUUAAAAAUAACACACAGUUUAUACGUAAUGAAAUUAGCUAUUUCAUAUAUGUAAUAAAUAGCCAAGAUCAGAAGAGAACUUGAUAAUACUGAGAGUAAAAUUUAAUAUUUCAUCAGGAAAUUCCUUUUCAUUACAGAUGGUUAAAUUCAUAAUAAACAACAAUAAUUUUACAUUUGGUUAAUUUUUGAAUUCCCUCCCCUCAUUUCUUUUUUUAC